AUGAUUGAACCCUCCUCCACUACAGACCAACUUUGUGUUGACCAGGAAAUGAUAGUGUGUCAGAACAUUGUCAUUGAAAACAACUGUGGUAAUGAAAUCACUAUGGUAACUAGCCAGUCUGAGGCUCAGUCUGCUCAUGCCUUGCUACAUCUAUCAAAAAUACAAGGUGAAGUGGACACUGUGCAGGUGUCAGAUAUCUUAGCUGCACAUCGCCAGUCUGAGGAAGAUCAGGUUUCUUUAAAAAAAAUUUUUUUAUUGCAUUUUCUGUAUCUAUAAGUUAUCAAAAGAAUAAAUCACAAAGUGAUUACUAAAUCCAUCAUGCUAUUAUAAUGAUUCAUAAUAAUUUUUUUGUAUAAAAUAUGUCUUGCUUUGAUUUUAACUUUGAUAAUUUAAUUCUGGCUAUUUAAUUUUUUUUUUGUAUUGUACAAAACUAAGUCAUGCUAUCUUUUGUACCUCACUGAUUACAAACACACACAUGGGAUUACGCUUUUAGUAUUUUAUGUAGGUUAUUCACAAACGUCCUUGGUAAUCAUGGUCUCAUCAUGACUGCUUUAGCAUUUUUAUUUAAAAAGAAAAGCAUAAGAUGUUUAAAAACUUUUCAUCAGUUGUGUUUAUUUAUCUAUUGUUAUUUACACAUACAAAAUCUUUAUAAAACUCAAUUUUUUGUUCAGAAUGCUGUUUCUGCUGAAGCCUUGUUGCAGCUGUCAUCAGAGCAAAGUUCUGGAACAUAUAUUGUAGAUGACAAUGGAGCUAUGAUUCCCAUUAGUCAAGUCGGGUAUGUACCUUUGCAGGGGGUAUGCAGGGGAUUCUGGUUAUUUCAAAACUGCUCCAAGACUGAUUAACCAACACCCAUGUAAACCAAACAUUUUUAUCACUUGGGAGUUUCAAAUGAGUGGCAUCAAUAAUAGUAUUUUUUUUGUCUUCAUACUAACAUGGUCUUUUAAAUUUAAAAUAUCCACUCUUUUGACAAUAAUAAAUGAAAUGCAGUCAUUUUUACAAUAUUUAUUUUCAAGCUCCUCUACCUUACUAGAGGUUGACGACACAGGGGUUUCAUCUCUUGCCAUUUGCGUUUGUUGGUGUGGAAGGGAGUUUAUAUCACAGGAAGAUCUUGACAGACACAAAAUGGCCCAUAAAUACCAGAACAGUCAAACCAGGUAGAGAAGCUCAUUCAUCUAAAAAUAAAUAUUUUCUUUCUAUUUUUUACCCACUGACUGCAUUUCAUAUGUAUUUUAUAAAUCUCUCAUUUGUUGAUUGAUAGAUUGGGGGUAACAAAAAAACCCAUACAUUUAUUAUCUUUCCUGUGUUUAAAAUUCUUAAUUAUUUCAAAAUUAACAUUGCAGAAUACAUUUUAAAGGAAAGGCUCAACACAAACUUAACCAUUUAUGUCAAAUUUUAAAAAAUAAAAUGUUUUCAAAUAGCAAUUGUAUUUUUCUUACUAUAGAGAAGUUAGUGGCAUACAGAAAUGUGUUUUGUGUUUGGAAAGCUUUGCAACCCCUAGAGACCUGAGGCUCCACCACUCUGAACUCCACCCAGAGGGAACACCUUGGGAGUGCAGUGUUUGUCAUCGCAAGUUCUUGAAGAAAGUUGCACUGAAAGCUCACAUGAGGGUUCAUAAUACAAUUACAAAAUACCAGUGUACCUCGUGCAAAAAGUGAGUACAUUGUUCAGUGAUCAUCAAAUGUAUAGUAUUAAAAAUAUGUUGUAACAGAUUGAAAGAUACAAAUUUUGUAAUAAGAUAACUGAUAUCAAUGAUAAGAAACCUUCCAGGAUAGGACCUUAGGUAGUUGUAGUCUGAGCAUUUUCUCUCCCAAGCAUUUUGUACUUAUAUUAACUAAUGACUGGCUGUUGUCUUACCUGAUACAAUUAAUGGCCCAUAAAUGCCAUAACAAUUAAUCAUUAAUGUGAAUAUUAGUUGUUUUUUUAAAUAGUCUCAACAAAGAUAAGCCUAUUUUUAAUAAAGUGUAUAAUCUUUGAAUAUCUUCCACAGAGUAUUUUUCUAUAAGACAGCACUUAAUCGUCAUUUGAGGAUGCACACGUGUGAAAAACCCUUCAAAUGUACCAUUUGUGGAGAUACUUAUCAGUCUCUUUGGGACUUAAGAAAACACAGGUAAAUAAAUAAUUUAAAAAACCAAAAUAUGUUUAAAAAAUAAUGCUUUAAAGAUUAAAAAAAAAAAUAAAAAAAAUAAAAGUAUCUAACACAUAUUUAUUUUUAACAUUUUUUUUCUUAUUUCACCAAUAGAUUACAGUAAAAAUAUCAGUUAAUUAUCUUUUGCUUUUAAACUGACUGUUGUUUAUGCAGCAACUAUAUGUUAUUGUUUCUUUCGUGUUGUUAUUAUGCUUCAAGCUCAUUUCAUUAGUUUAGUUAAAAUGUUUACAGCAUUAACUUAAGUAUUUUGUGUUUGUUUAGGAUGAACCAUCAGCCAACAAAACUAUAUCCCUGUGACAUUUGCACUAAAGUAUUCAAACAAAAGCAGACCCUAUUUGUCCAUUCUCGUAUACAUACUGGACACAGACCUUAUUCCUGUGAUGUAUGCUGUAGAACAUUUUCAUUGAAAAGUAAGCGGCAUAUUCAAAUAAUAUUGUCCACUUCUUAUGUUAGGCAUUCUAUAAUUUUGCAUGUAGAUUUGAGGUUUUUAUUUCAGUACUCUAUUUUGGAAUUAAGCAGAAUUAAAAUUUUUGUGUAAUUUUGUGUAUGAGUUUAUUGAAAGGUUUUUUGAACUUUUUAACUGUAUUGGAAAAUUAGCAACUUCUCUAAACAAAAUAUAAAAAAUUAUAAAUUUUGAAGAAGACUUAGUUAAAUAUGUCUUUUAAAAAGCUUUGAAGCUCAAAAAGUUAAUUUAUCUGUUUAUUAUACAAUAUUUCAAGCCACAUUAGUUCAGCACCGCCGCAUUCACACAGGAGAGAAGCCAAACGUAUGUAAAAUGUGUCACAGAGCUUUUCGUCAGAACAGCACCUUAAAGGCUCACAUGAGGACUCACACCAACCAGAAGCCUUACAUUUGCCGCUACUGCAAGAUGAGAUUUGCCUACAAGGAUGAGGUCCAAGAACAUGAGCACUUACACGCCCAGAACAAAAACUGGCAGUGCGACAAGUGCGGCAUGUGGUAAGAUUAUCCUGCUAACCAAGGUAUCAUAAUCUAAUUUGUCAGUUAAAAUUGAGAUUUUUACAAGACCUAACCAGCUUACAAAAACUAAUAAAGGGAAAUUUAUCCUAUUUUUUUCAUUACAUUAAUAUUUACUUUUCGAGUAAAAAAAAAAAAAAAAAAAACACACCACCAAAGAAAAAAAAAAAAAAAAAAAAAUUUUAAAAGAACUAACCAACUUAAAAAAACUAAUAAAGGGAAAUUUAUCCUAUUUUUUUUAUUACAUUAAUAUUUUAUUUUCGAGUAAAAAAAAAAAAAAAAAACUCGACGACCAAUGAACUACUAAAUUAAAAUAAAUACUGAAAGUUAUAAAAUUAAUUUUUGUGCCAGUGGCUUGUAAAAUAUUUUUUUUAAAUGACUGCAGCUCAUGGCUUCAAAUUACAAGGUCCUAAAUGAGAUGACGCUUUCUUAUCAAUUAUAUUUUUUCAAAAUCUUAAUAAUUAUUUUAACUUAACAUUGCCUACAGAUGGCUUAUUAUAAAGUCUUAAAUGAAGCUACUAGUAAGAGAUAUCAAAGUAUUGAUUUAAUCUACUUAAACAUUUAUCCCUGUAUGAUUCAUAAAUGUUUCAUAAGUAUAUUGACAGAUUUGUUAGUAAUUUACUUUUGUAUCAUGUAGGUUCAAGAAUCAGUCACUGCUUUCACGUCACAGUCGAGUUCACACCAAUGAACGCCCAUUCCAGUGCUCCACCUGUCACAAAACAUUUGUGCAAUCUGGAUCACUUCAGGCCCACAUGCGAUCUCAUACAAAAGAAAAACCAUAUCAGUGUCGAAUGUGCUCAAAGGUGAUCUUUUUCUAAUAUUGUCUGUAUCAGUGGUUUAUCACUUAGUCAGUAAUUUAGUUCUGAGCUUUAGAUGGGUGCUGGCGAACAUUAAGCUAACUAUGGUUUGUGGGUGCUGGCAGGUACUGGGAUUAGAAAUAGCCAUUAUUGGGUUGAAAUCUGAAUAACACUCCUUGAUCAACAGCAAGCUUAGUAUAAAAAAAGAAAAUACGCAAACAAUAUAAACCAAUUAAAAGGUAGAUUUAUCGCAAUUGAGACUAACAUGGUUUUUGCUAAAUCAGAAGUUUAAAUGUAUAGUUGUAUUUUUUUUUUAAAAAGUUAAAGUUUGUUUACACAAUUUAACUCCAAUAUUAAGGGGUAUAUCUUAUGAGCUAUGAAAAUAUUUGAAGAGUGCAGGGUAGCAGGUUUUAUAUCCGCAUAUUUUUAUGUGUAACUUAUGAUUAUAGUACGGCUUAAAGUUUAGUUUUCUUAAAUGUAUUUUUUUUUUCUAUAGUCAUACUACACUAGUGGGACACUUCUCAUACACAUCCGCAAGGCCCACAAUGUUGAUGCCAAGUCAGUGAGGGAAGUUUUCCCUGUAAUAAAGUAUGUGGAGGACCAAAAAGUGUUCACCAUUCGCAACAAGCUCCUGGUCAAUAAUGAAACCGUUAUAUCAGGUUUGGACCAGGACGUGGACAAGAUGGACAAUGAAGCCACUGUUGGUGAGAUUCUGUGUAAAGAAAAUAUUGUUGUGGAAGAGCUUGUGGAGACCUCGAGUGAAGUUUUAGUGCAAGACGAUCAAAAUCUGCCAGAUAGGACUGUCUCAGGAGAUACCACUAAACCUGUCACUGUGGAUUCUAUACAAGAAGAUCCUGGUGGCUAUGAGCUUCAUGAGGUGGAUGAGAUUGAAUGUGUUGAUGAAACAGUCGUAAGCACAGUUGUUGAUGUUGAUCCAGCGAACAGUCCAGAGAAAAGUCUAGGAAAACGCGGGAAGAGAAAUACUAAAAAGAUGAAAGAUAAUGAAUUAACUGAUGACCUCGAAACGAAGGAGGACGUCAAAAUUAAAGUCGACCAAGAAACUUUCCAUUUCUCGCAUGCAGCCCAGGAUAGGCAAGAAGCAGCACUAGGUCUUGCAGAACUGUCUCUAAUUGGUGGUGAGGGAGCAGUAGUUGAGAAGCCAGCCAAAACCAGGACAUUCUUCAAAGAGGAAGAAGAGGAUGAGAAUGACCCCAAUGUGACAAAAAUUAUUCUGUCUAAAGAGGGAGGUAUCAUGAACAGUCAAGAUCCACAUCAAUGUACAGUCUGUGGCAGGUAUAUGUUCAUUUCCUAUGUAACUUGAAGAAAUUUAAUUUUGUGAACUUCCAAUUUAUUUCUCCAUAUUGGGCUCAUAUCUGAUAUUAUGGGGGCUGCAAUGGCACAUCACGGAAAAGAAAGAAGUUAAGUUUCUAUAGCUGACAUGGAAUUAUGAUAUAAAUAGGUGCCUGUCUUUCUACAUUAAUAAAAUCUUCUUGAUAAAUGUAUUUGUUCACUGCAAAUGAAUGGUUGAAAAGGAUUCUGAUAUGAUUUUUAUUUUAUUUUUAGAAGUGCAUUCACAUUAGGUAUUAUAUGUGCUUGUUUUCCACAGGAUAUUUGGCAGAAAGAGUAUUAUGGUUGAGCAUCUGCGCAUCCACACAGAUGAGAAACCAUAUGUAUGUGAC